AUGCAACAACAUCUGGAGAAACAUUCAAUCUUUGCACCUUAUUCCCAAGCCAAAGCCUCUGUUAGAUCAGGGCAGCCUAGUAUUAUGAGCUUUAUCACCAAGCAAGAGAGUCUCUCACAUCAAGAACACCUUGAAAAAAACAUUCUUUGUUGGAUCAUUCGAGACAAACAAGCAUUUAUAACUAUCAAGUUACCAGAGUUUCAGCAGAUAUUUCAAGAUACUCCAGGAAUUAUACUUCCAUUUUCUUCUCAAGCAACACUUCGCCGGCGGCUUAUAGAUAACUUUGAGAUACAACGUUUGCAAUUAAAAGAAGAGCUUAAAAUAACAUGCAAGUCUAUUGCUUUGUCUCUUGAUAUUUGGACAAGCCAGAACCACCUUCCAAUUCUUGGUAUUAUUGGCCACUGGCUCAUGGAGGACUUUAUAUACCAGGAAAAGGUGCUAGAGUUUACAGAACUCCAUGGAGUCUAUAGUAGAGAAAACCUUGCUGCUGCUGUUCAACUAACUCUAUCUGAGUUGGACCUUGAAGAGAAGUUAAUCAUAAUUACUGGAGAUAAUGCCAGUAACAACAAGACAAUGGCUUCAGAGCUAUACUAUACUUUAAAGGGAAAUAUAGGUGAAAGCAGUAUACUUCAGUUUCAAGGACUUGAUAGUUAUAUCCGCUGCCUAGCUUAUAUCUUGAACUUGGUUGUGAAGGACAUUCUUCGAGCACUGAAAUCUGGCAGUAGUGAGGAGGCAUAUGCUGCCUGUAUUAGUCUCUGCAAUGGACAGCCUAUAUCUACACAGUCAGCAUUGGCAAAGCUCUGA